AAUUUAGUAUGUGAUUUUUAUAUUUAAAAUUAAGAAUAAAAAAUAAUUCUUUAAGCUUUAGAUAUUUAAGUAUUCACUAUUGAGUAUUUUAAUGUUGGAUUUGUGUAUGUUUUAGAUGACUCAGAUAAUUUCAUCUCAAGUCGUUAAUUCAAUUUAAAACGUCAUUCCAAUGAAAUUGAUAGAAAUUCAAAUGGUUCAAAUUCUCCUGAUGAAGCAUGUAAAUCUACUAAUUAUUAUCAAGCUGAGAAUUCUACACGCCAAAUGCUUUCACUGAACACUCCUCAGAUGUCUAAUACAGUAAAUAAACCAUAUGUUAAUUAUUCUGCUCAACCGGAUUUUACAGUUACUGGUAAUUCCCUGGGUUCAAAUGUCAAACAAUCUAUAGUUUAUACUUCUUCGUCCCCAUUUAAAGUAACUUCAGAAAUUAAUGAUGACUAUCCAUCAAACAAUAUGAUGAAUGAACCUAAAAAAUCAAAUAAAUAUAAUUCUGGUUCAAGUGGUAUAAAUAUUAGAUACACAGAAAAGCAUAUGUAUAAAGAAGGGUCUAGUGGGAGGUCUACACCUUUACUACAAGAUAACAUUGAAAUAGUGGCACCAUCAGUACUUCCUUCUACUAUGCAAAGCUUUGAUACUGAAAUUGUUAAACGUAUAUUACAAGUAGUUUCUAAAAUAAGUUAUGAUGUUGAAAGUUUGGGUCAAAAACUGUAACAAAUGGAUAAAAAAAAUAGAAGAAAGUUGUUUAAUUAAAUCAGC